CUUCCUUGAAAUCUGAUUGGUCAGCGACAUAAACGCCCCUCAAAACACAACAAAAACAGUGGUGCGUCUCGCCCCAUUCAUUUUGCUCACUGGAGGAUCUUCACAUUACCGUGUCGUUCAAGAGCUUAGAUUUUCUCAUUUGAAAAUAUCUUCAAAAUGCGUGAGUGUAUCUCAAUUCAUGCUGGGCAAGCUGGAGUCCAAAUUGGCAAUGCAUGCUGGGAGCUCUACUGCUUGGAGCAUGGAAUCCAACCAGACGGCCAAAUGCCCUCUGAUAAGACCAUUGGAGGUGGUGAUGAUUCCUUCAAUACCUUCUUCAGUGAGACUGGAGCUGGAAAACAUGUUCCCCGAGCUGUGUUUUGUGAUUUGGAGCCAACAGUGAUUGAUGAGGUGCGAACUGGGACCUAUCGCCAACUGUUCCAUCCUGAACAGCUUAUCACCAACAAAGAGGAUGCAGCUAACAACUAUGCUCGUGGCCAUUACACUGUGGGAAAAGAGAUUAUCGACCUUGUUCUGGACAGGCUCCGCAAACUUGCUGACCAAUGCACCGGCCUUCAAGGAUUCCUCAUCUUCCACUCCUUUGGUGGUGGCACUGGCUCUGGAUUUGCUUCUUUGCUCAUGGAGCGCCUCUCCGUUGACUAUGGAAAGAAGUCUAAGCUUGAAUUUGCUGUCUACCCUGCCCCUCAGAUCUCCACUGCUGUUGUUGAGCCGUACAACUCAAUCCUGACCACCCACACCACCCUUGAGCAUUCCGACUGUGCUUUCAUGGUUGAUAACGAGGCUAUCUACGACAUCUGCCGAAGAAACCUCGAUAUCGAGCGACCCACCUACACCAACCUUAAUCGUCUUAUGGGACAGAUUGUAUCGUCCAUCACUGCCUCUCUUCGUUUCGAUGGUGCCUUGAAUGUCGAUCUCACUGAGUUCCAGACCAAUCUUGUGCCCUACCCUCGUAUCCACUUCCCUCUGGCAACCUAUGCUCCUGUCAUCUCAGCUGAAAAGGCCUACCACGAGCAGCUUAGUGUGGCUGAAAUCACUAAUGCCUGUUUCGAACCAGCUAACCAGAUGGUUAAGUGCGACCCUCGUCAUGGCAAGUAUAUGGCCUGCUGUAUGUUGUAUCGUGGUGAUGUUGUUCCCAAGGAUGUGAAUGCCGCAAUUGCUACCAUCAAGACCAAGCGUACCAUCCAAUUUGUUGACUGGUGUCCAACUGGAUUCAAGGUUGGCAUCAACUACCAGCCUCCCACUGUUGUUCCUGGUGGAGAUCUUGCCAAGGUUCAGCGCGCUCUUUGCAUGUUGUCCAACACUACUGCUAUUGCCGAGGCUUGGGCUCGUCUUGACCACAAGUUCGAUCUGAUGUAUGCCAAGCGUGCCUUUGUCCACUGGUAUGUUGGAGAGGGUAUGGAAGAGGGAGAGUUCUCAGAGGCUCGUGAAGAUCUUGCUGCUCUCGAGAAAGAUUACGAAGAGGUGGGAAUGGAUACUGUCGAAGGUGAAGGAGAGGGCGAAGGUGAAGACGAGUAUUAAAAACAGUUUCUUGAAGAACAUUUUAUGCAUAGCAGAGUUUUUUUAUUUUAGCUUAGCUAUUUAUAACUAAUACACAGUGCUAAGAAUGUAAAACUUGUUUGUUUGUUGGGAAGUUUCGCCCAUUAAUUUAUAAGACGGAUUAUUCAUACGA